UUAUUUUUUCCACAAAUCCCCUUUCCCGUUGGGCCUUUUAAAUGUAUGAAAUUCACUUAAUAACUCUGACCGAUAUUUUCUUGAUCAGAAUCAACUUGAUUCGCCAAGUUUGUGCACACAACAGAUUUGAUUUCAGUACCGCUGAAAUCCGCUUAUAUUUUAUAAAUCAUGUAAAAUUCAGAACUAUUAAACCUCAGUUGUCUCGCUCUUUCAGCUUCUGUCGAGCUCUGAUUGCUAAUAAUUACUGCGUCCACCAGGUGGCGCUUCAAGACAAGACAAGGGAUUAUUGGAUGUAUUACGUAAUAGCUGAUCAGUGAAUAUUAGGAUCUAACUAAUGAUAAAAACAAUACAACUAGCAAAUAUCAAAACGACUCUGAGGGCGGAUUAACAUCGAGACGAAUAAUUUUUAAAUUUUAAAUUAAAUUUACAGAUUUGCUUUUUUUUUAUUUUAUUUUUUUACUUUGUUAUAAAAUAAAAUCCGCAUUGUUCCACAGAGACAUCCUGGUUAUGUAACAGAAAUAUAAUUAAUAGUGUAAGCACAAGAGGGACUCCGGCUGUGGAGGAGUGUGUGUGCCUGUGGUGGUUAUGUCGGUGCUUCCAGCAUCCCGGACCGGGCUCGAUGCCAGGGGGAUGCGGGAUGAUGCUGGAGGCGGGAGGGAGGAGGGGGUUGGUACAUAUGCCCUGUGAGUUUUACAUAACAUCAGCUGGCUCACACAUCAAAUGAGUGACAAACCGCUGGCCGCAGCACAACAGACAGCGUCCCUCCUGCCGCGUGCCGCAGUGCCCGGUGUCCAGCAGAGAGGAGGGGAGAGAGCGCGCGCUCCUGGCUCUGCGUCACGUAAAGGAUACAGUUGGAGGGGGGCACGUUUGUUUACCAGCCAUACCUGUCGUAGUCCGGUUGGCGCUGUUGCCGUUUGUGUGUGUGCAUGUGUGUGUCUCCGUGAGUAAAGGGAGAUGGAGAGAGAGAUGGAGGGCCGGAGGGAGGCGGAGCCGCUCGGACAUGAGUAAAUGACGUCAGCUCUCAGGUCGCCGAGCAGAGAAACAAACAUGGCGACAGAAUGGAGCGGGCAGCAGGGUUACAUUCUCACCGUCAUUAUCUGCCUGUGGAGUGCGGUCGGCGGCCGGACAGAGACUGCGGCGGCGGCUGGUUCCGCCCGGGUCAGCGGUGCGAGCCAGGUCCUCGGCAUGCGGCUCGAGCGAAGCGACAAGCCGUCCAGCACCAAUGACGACGGUGUCAUCCAGGUGACCGAGGAGAGCACUGUGCAGCUCCGGUUUUACGGGGUGCAGCUCCACUCGGGUGCCUGGACGCAGAUCCGCUUCACGGAGCUAGCGGACGGCGGCGACGAGGAGGAGGAGGAUGAGCAGGAGGAGGCGGUCGCGGCGGGCAGGGGAGGCAGCGGCAUGAUGGACACGCCGGAUAGGACUUGUGUCGACUUCACGAAGGACAUCAAAGUCGGGAGCUACAUGAACGUGAGCAACCGGGGGACGUCCGGGGUGCUCAGCGUGCAAGUUAAGCCGCUGCGCAAAAGCGAGCCGCAGAAGGAGUACGCUUUGUGCACGCUGAGCGAGGAUGGCACCAGGUGGGUUCUGCUGGGGGAGAGCGACGGCAGGUUCCUGGUGGUGGAGGAGAAGAAGUCGCUGCUGCCCAUGUGGCUGCAGGUCAUCCUCAUCUCCUGCCUGCUGGUGCUGUCCGGGAUGUUCAGCGGCUUGAACCUUGGCCUCAUGGCGCUGGAUCCCAUGGAGCUGCGCAUCGUCCAGAGCUGCGGCACCGACAAGGAGAAGAAGUACGCCCGGAAGAUCGAGCCCAUCCGGAGCAAGGGGAACUACCUGCUGUGCUCCCUCCUGCUGGGCAACGUGCUGGUGAACACCACCCUCACCAUCCUGCUGGAUGACCUGAUCGGCUCCGGCCUGGGCGCGGUGGUGGCCUCCACCAUCGGCAUCGUCAUCUUCGGGGAGAUCGUCCCCCAGGCGCUGUGCUCUCGCCACGGACUGGCCGUGGGAGCCAACACCAUCAUGGUCACCAAGUUCUUCAUGCUCAUCACAUUCCCGCUCUCCUUCCCGAUCAGCAAGCUGCUGGACUACCUGCUGGGCCAGGAGAUCGGCACCGUGUACAACCGAGAGAAACUGGUGGGGAUGCUGAAGGUGACGGAGCCCUACAACGACCUGGACAAGGAGGAGCUGAACAUGAUCCAGGGAGCGCUGGAGCUCCGGACCAAAACGGUGGAGGACGUGAUGACGCCCCUGGCGAACUGCUUCAUGAUCCAGGCGGACGCCGUGCUGGACUUCAACACCAUGUCGGAGAUCAUGGAGAGCGGCUACACGCGCAUCCCGGUGUACGAUGAGGAGAGGUCCAACAUCGUGGACAUCCUGUAUGUCAAGGACCUGGCGUUCGUGGAUCCGGACGACUGCACCAACCUGAAGACCAUCACCAAGUUCUACAACCAUCCGGUGCACUUCGUGUUUCACGACACGAAGCUGGACACCAUGCUGGAGGAGUUUAAGAAAGGUAAAUCCCACCUGGCCAUCGUCCAGAAGGUGAACAACGAGGGUGAGGGCGACCCGUUCUACGAGGUUCUGGGUCUGGUCACCCUGGAGGACGUCAUCGAGGAGAUCAUCAAGUCUGAGAUCCUGGACGAGUCCGACCUCUACACUGACAACAGGAACAAGAAGAAGGUGGAUCCUCACAAGAACAAGCCGGACUUCUCCGCCUUCAAGCAGGACGGCGACAGCAAAGUGAAGAUCACUCCCCAGCUCAUGCUGGCUGCUCAUCGUUUCUUAGCCACAGAGGUCAACUUGUUCAGCCCAUUCCAGAUCACAGAGCGGGUGCUGCUGAGGAUCCUCAGGCACCCAGAGGUCAUCCAGGAGCUCAAGUUCAACGAAAACGACAAACGGUCGCCUCUGUACUUCCUCUACCAGAAGGGAAAACCUGUUGACUACUUUGUACUCAUCCUGCAGGGACGGGUGGAGGUGGAAGCUGGAAACGAGAACAUGAAGUUCGAAACCGGCCCGUUCUCUUACUAUGGAGUCAUGGCUCUGAGCACGCCAACACUGGCUGUCACCCCUCCUCGCUCCCCAUCAGUGGCGUCCCCCCCUCCACGACGCCUCUCUCUUAAGAGGUUUUCUGUGUUCUCUCGUUUCCCAGAGUUUCGUUCUCCGUCGCACGCGGGCCACCUGAACCGCUCGGCCUCUCUGAGCUGCACUGAGCGCGCUCACGAGGGCAGCUCCAUCGGCGGAAGCAACACUCAGAUCCCAGGAACCCCUUUCCAGUACAUCCCAGACUUCAGCGUUCGAGCUCUGGCUGAUCUUCAGUAUGUCAAGGUCACCCGCGCUCAGUACCAGAACGCUCUGCUGGCGUCCCGCUUGGACAGCACGCCUCAGUCUCCGGAGGGCAGCCACGUCCGCCUGGACAUCUCCAUCUCUCUGCCGCCCCUGACGCCCCUGGAAACCAAAACGCCGCUGGCGCUGGCCACGCCUCCUGUGAAACACCCGUCGUCCAACACCCAGCACGCCUCCCAGAGUGCUCGAGCCACCUUCACCAUAGGCUCCACCGGCCGCCGGCCCAGCCAGGUGUUACCCCAGGCCACGCCCCCUCCCAGCAACCACACACCCCUCUCACAAACCCCUCCCUCUUGUGUGAGCACUGUGCCAUGUGCUCUGAAUCCUGCAGCGAGCUCGUCGCUUUCCUCCAAACCGCAGCACCCGCCGCCCUCCGACAGCCCGGACAACGGGCCCGGAGAGACCACCACUCUGCUCAGUGAGCAGCCUAACUGCGUGGGCCCCCGCCGGCCCAGUUACACCCAGCCCUCCCAACAUAUUCACACCAUCAGUCACGCACACACUGAAAGCACCAUUUAACUCCGGUCCUCUUAGAGAGCCGUCGGUUCAACCUCCUUGCACUACUUCCUUCUCCUGUUGGCCGUUUUGGUCCUAAGCAACAUUGUUUCUGUGGAAACCAACAAAGGAUCAGCACAUCUCUACUCUCUGCCAUCUCCUCCUGCAUGUUCCCAUCCCAACACUGAACCCAUUACAGAGUGGGAACCAGAGGAUGGACCAGUCCAACCAAAAAGAAUAAUCUACCAUUGCAUUUCGUUUUAUCUGCACAGGUGACGGUAUGUCUGCCUCUGCCUGAGUACAAUGAAGGUAACUGGAAGAGAGAGUUUACACUGCCCCCCUGUGGUGGCAUGUUAGAUUGCAUUUCUUACAUACAGUCAUAAAUCAUGCAUCCAGUUGUUUAAUUUGAGCCCCGUAGCUUUCUACAAGUAAACACAAAAACCCAGCACCAUUCACUAGAGUUUUAAGGUGAUAGAGAAGCUUUUAACAAACAGCUUAUGAAUCAAAAACUACAGGACUGCCUCCUGUGUGGGUUUGUCUUUAUCCACUAGGGGGCAGAUUAUGACUUCAUGAAAUGAGAUCCAAAAUGCCACAACUGUUGUAAAGUAGAUAUUUGUAUAUAAUUUAAAUUAUUUCAAUAAUGUUUUAAUAAUUUAUUAAAUAAAUCAUUAAGUGUGAAAUAACUGAUUAAAAUGUAUUUAAAGGAACAGUAUUAUAAUUUUAUAGGUUAAUCAGGUAACUAUAAUGUAACUACCUUCAGUUUUUAAAAUGCUCUAAAUAUCAAAUAUGAUUUAAAAGAAAUUUGACUUUGUUUCUUUAAAAACUCCUGCUUUUUCUGAAACUGCCUUCAGGAAGUCAUCACAACAUGGCUCCUCUAUUAACCCUUUAACUGGAAGAAGUGUAGUUAAUUGUUUCCUCGUCCCUGAUGUUGCAGCACAUAAUUAAUUUAUCAUUAUUUAUUAUAUCAGGAGGCGGAGCUAACCUUGCUAUAAAUGAGCUUAUUGUUGUGUGGCUGAGCUGGUGUAAAGGUUAGCCAAUCAGAUGCUAGGACCUAUUUAAAGAGCCACAGUGGUGUUAAAGAAGUAAACACUAAAUAUUUAUGUUACUUUAACACUUAAUAAAUGAAAGUUUUAUUUAAUUAUUUCCACAUGAUUGCAGUUUCCUGGCCAACUUUAAUCUUUGAAAAACCAGACCUGCCAAUUCCGAUUUUGGGCGAUAUUGUUUUUUUUUUAUUAUAUUUAUUUGUUUUUUGUUUUGGCCUGAAAAGUUGUUAAGUAUAUUUAAAUAUUGGCCGAUCAUCGAUCUCCCAAAAUUAAGGGAAUCGGUGCAUUUCUAAUUUCAAUAUAUAAUUCCAUUUUUAGAUAAAUUAUUCACACAUUCAUGUAGCUAUAGAUUACUGUUUACGUUAAAUGGUCACAUAUGGAGAUGUUUUACAACAAAUAAACUAUUUGAUUUAAAAUAUUUAGAUUUUUGCCUAAUGAGAUUCAACAGGGUUUAAAAUAAUCCCAGUUACCUCCACUGUACUUUGGUCGCACACAUAUAUAUCUAUAUUUAAUACCCAUUGCAGAUAAAAUUUUUGUUCUUUUUUUUUUUUUUGUAAUCAUUGCAGACUGACCUUUAACCUAUCCACUGGGAGAAUACAUGACUGCCGUGUCCCUGCCUGAGACGUUUCCAGUUAGUUGCAUCUAUUUAUUUCAUUGAAUUUUUUUUUUCCUCUUUGGUCCAAAGAUUGAAGCUGCCAAAGUUAAAGGAGUUAACGAUGGCGGUUUCAUUUACAAUAUGCAUGAUUUCAGGUUGGUCUCUUGUCGCAACUCUGUUCAUCUCAAUUUUCUGGUUUGAAUCUGGUCUUAAGUCGUGAAGGAGUUACAAAAACCAAUGCCUGUGUCAAUUCAGCUACCAGCAAAGUGACCAGAUUCACUGUAGCUGACAGCUCCUGCAGCAGGAAGUGAGAUCUGAAGCAGCACACAUGUUUUAACCCAGAGAAAGUCAAACAGAUGCCUGAUGAGCAUGCACACUGUUGGUUUUAUUACUUCUGUUUAAGUAUUCAGAAAUAAUAAGACAUUCAGUUUGAAGCUUUUAGUUUGAAAAUCACUAUUCAAAAUGGGGUUAGAGUACACAUAUUCUAACAUAUUUUAAAAAAUUAUAAUUUUACAUACAAUAAUGCAACUUUGAAAUCUAUAUUCAACUGUCAAGAUUAUUAUUUAAUUCAGUCUUAGUAGAAGUAUAUGUACAAUGCCGGCCACAUUCAUUUGCUACCCCUGGUAAAAAUGUGGUAAAAAAGAAACAUUUUUCUCGGGGGGAAAAAAUGUCAAAAAAUAAACAGCCUUUCAUUUGGAAAAAUGACUGUUAUUUUCCAGCAAAGUUCCAGGUGGGGCCUUUCUGGGAACUCCAACUUCUUCAAAGAUACAAAA